AAGUUCUGGAAAGGCUGCAUGCUGCGUGCCAUUCCGCUGCGUAGCUAGGUAGGAGGCGACUUUAGGAGGUUCCCUCGUAUGACAGCGUCGACUCGAUCGAGGUUUCUGCUCUUGAAAGUCGGGCGCCUCUCGCUGCUAUCUUCCGGGUUUGCGUCGUUUCCCCCAUAGAGCCGCUCCUCGCUGCCUUAUCAUGAAGAAUUUUCUUCCCGCUUCCGUGUCGUCCUCCAUCAGUGUUAUAACGAAACUAGUUUAGUAACGAAGCUGUUCCCACAUCUCGCGGUCACGGUCACGGAAACUGCGAGAGCAAAUUCGUCAUAUCCUUCGCUUUCUACUACGUGGCACAUGGCACAUCUCGCCUCUCGUUGACGUGCCUAAACACCUCCACCUAUGGCGUGCACACGUAGCAUAUGAAAUUCAUAUGAGGUGGCUUUUGAGUCGACUCAUAAGUCUUCUCCCCUCUCGUUGGGGUGCGUAAACUCUUCCAUAUGGCAUGCACGUAGCAUAUGAAAUCUAUAUGCUACUCCGCUAGGCGGCCUCCUGUUUUCGUUUCCCAUUGAGAUCACGCGGAUUUAGUCUACUGUUCUAGUAGUAAUGAGCCUGUUUUUUAGUCGAGUCAAAAACAGACUCAUUACACACGGAUUAAGUCUACGGUUCUAGUAUAGUAUAUUUCCUUUCGUCGAGCUGCUUUCAUGCCGCUGGUGCACGGUGUGGGGGACGAGGUGCUGUGCGCGUUAAUAGCAGUCUUCGGUAUCCCGCUGUGGCUGCUGCGCUCCUCUCCACACCUAAGGGUGUCUCUUCUCUCACUUUUCCGUUCCGCGCCACCCAACACCACUACUACUGCUUCUAUCAUCAACAGAUAUAGUAGCAUCAACAGCCAGACUCUUAGCGGUGCCACAAUCUCUGCUGGUGUUGCACCUGGCGCUACAGUUACUGCAGGUGCAAACCAGAAUACCCUGCAAGCCUUUGCUGCUGCCGAAUCUCAGCCGCUAAGGAGGAUAGCCGGAGGAGAGGCAGGAGAGGUUGGUUCGCCAGGAGGGGUUGGUUUGGCAAGUGGGGUUGGUUCGGCACACGGAGCUGAUUCGGCAGAAGGGGUUGGAAUGGCAGGUGGAGGUUCGGAUCCGAGUCCUCCGGAGGGCGAGAUGUGCUGUGUGUGCCACGAUGGGUUUGCGCUGCCCACCCAAGCCAACUGCGGCCACUGGUUCUGUGCCGAAUGCAUUCUGCGCGUGUGGCACCAUAGCUCAGCGCUCGUCCCCUGCAAGUGCCCCAUCUGCCGUCGCACCAUCACCCUCCUCCUGCCCUCCCAGUCAGUCCAACCAUCGCGGCCCAUCCAGCCAUUGCUGCCCACACUUGCCAAUUCCAUGGGGAUCCAAGAGCAGCAGCAGCAGCAGCAGCAAGACCAGCAGCAGCAAGAGCAGCAAGAGCAGCAGCAGCAGCAACAGCACAUGCCAGAAUCCCUGAGGUUCAGGGGCAGCAGGGGGGAAGCAGGAGACACCCCCUCGCCAGGAGGAGGAGCAGAGGCACGAGAAGCAAGAGGAGCAGGAGAAGCAAGAGGAGACACGAUUGGGGAAGCAGGGGAAGCAGCAGCACCAGCAGCACCAGCAGCACCAGCAGCACCAGCAGCAGCAUCAACACACACUGCUUCUCCUGAGCAAUCUGAAUCGGAUCGUCCAUCCAAUCUUUCUCCAGAGCAGUCUGAGUCUGACCAGUCCCUCCCUCUCUCCCAAGAGCAAACCCUAGAGCUUCUGAGGGAGGUUGCGAGAUACAACCGGCUCUUUGGAGGGGUGCCUGUGUCGCUGUGGCAGCGCAUUCUGGACAUGCCUCUGCUGCUCUCUCGGCUUGGUCGAGACCUCUCGGACCCUCUGAGGGCGCUUCGUUUGCUGCACAAUGCGCGCAUGGUGUUCUGUGUGUCCAUUGUGUUCGUCUAUGUUCUCUCGCCGUUUGACCUCAUUCCAGAAUUUGCCAUGGGCAUCGUUGGCCUCUUGGACGAUCUGCUACUCCUCCUCUGCCUCGCCUUCUACCUCUCCCUCAUCUACCGCCAAGCUGCACUGGCUGCAGCAUCUGUGCUCCCCACCGCUCCUGCUCUCUCCAUCCCCUUUACAAGGCGAUUCGCUACUCGCGAUGAUGCUAGCACAGUGCGGAGGGAAGGGCAGGAACGGGGGGGGUGGGAGCAGGGCA